AUGGACUUCCAUCUGAAGCAAUGGAAAAACCAGCAGCAGCAGCAGCAGCAUGAGUCAGAAGACCAACCUUGUGCAAAGUUACCAACAAGACUUCCUCUGUUUGACACCCAUCAAUUGCUGCAGCAACAACAACAACAACAACAACAAGCAUCUGAGCCUGAGUCUGAUUCACCACCUGCUCUCUCCCUGCCCCUUCCAUUCUUUGUACCUCAACUCACUACCAAACUCACCAACAUGUCAGCAUUCACACCUGCUGAACAUUCAACAACAACCACUUCUGCUACCAGAUCAUUUCCCACCAGGAUGGGAAGUUACUUCAGCUGGGGGCAGUGGCAGGAGCUUGAACUGCAGGGAAUGAUAUUCAGGCAUAUGUUAGCUGGUGCUUCUAUUCCUCCUGAACUACUCCACCUACUCCACAACUCCCUCCUUAAUUCUACUACUACUACUACUACCCCUCCUCCAUAUUAUCUCCACUACCCUCCUCGCCAUUAUCAGCCUUCUUUGUUGCAAUCAGGGUAUUGGGGGAGAGGUGCUAUGGAUCCGGAGCCAGGUCGGUGCCGGAGGACAGAUGGGAAGAAGUGGAGAUGCUCAAGGGAUGUGGUGGCUGGACACAAGUACUGCGAGCGCCACAUGCACCGUGGCCGCAACCGUUCAAGAAAGCCUGUGGAAAUCCCCACACCCACCACCGCUGCUAAUGGUGGUGGUGGUGGUAGUGGUGGACUACUCAAAAACAACACUCUCAUUCCUGCAGCUAUGACUGGUGGCACACAUCUUGCUCUUUCUGGGCCUUCCCCUUCCAUUGAUCUCCUUCACCUCAAUCAAAGACCCUCAGAGCCAAAAACUGAAAACAAGUACCCAUUUGAACUUAAGCAUGAGAUGUCCGGGGAUGCCAAUUCUGGAAACCAAGUCCUCCGUCAUUUCUUCGAUGAUUGGCCAAGAUCGCUUAAGGAACCUGCUGAAAGCAAUGCCAGCACGGUGACUUCUUCUGCCACCAGCCUCUCCAUUUCAACUGCAAGUCCUCAAUCCGAUUUCUCUCUAAAACUUUCCACCGGUAACAGAGAUGAACCAGGUCCUGAGGACAGGAAUGCAGAACAAGAGCGGCCUCAGUUCAACUGGUCCGCCGGAUGGGAUGCAAACCGGGUUGCUCCAAUGGGAGGACCACUUGGGGAAGCAUUGAGAUCAUCAAAUUCAUCACCAACAAGCGUUCUACAUCAAUUGCAGCGAAACUCCACAUCUGAGACCAGCUACAUCACCACCUGAUUUGAUUAUUAGAAGCAAAUGGGUCUUGCUUUAGUUUUCUUAUUUAUUUCCCCUUUUCACGGUUGCGUGUUUGUUGUAACCCAUCUGUUUUAUAAACUGCAUGUGUUUUUGUUGUCUGAUGAUUAGUUUAACUGAUAAUAAUUCACAAGAUCAAUCUCGCUUUUUCUUUUUUUUUCCCCCCCUUUCUUUCGUGUUAUUUUUAUGGAACUGUAUUUCAAAACACAUGCUUAGAAGCAAAUGGUUCUGCUUUAGUUUUCUU